AAGCCGCAUAUUAUCAAUAGGCUUCAAUUUUUAAUAUAUAAUAUGAAUCGAAUAUAUAUUUUUAAGGAAUUCACUAGUGGCAUAUCGUUUCUGUAUAAAAGUCGACGCUAUAAAAGUUUUUGUGAUGUUUACAAUGUAAAAGAAUUGGAAAAUGAUGUGACGGCGUUCGAUCGUAGUAAUCAAAAAUUAUUUCCAAAUGUUGAACGAAAACCGCAGUCGGGUGAAUUCAAUUCAAUUUUGCCGCCGCCCAAUGUGACCGGCAAUCUUCAUUUGGGCCAUGCUAUGAUGAUAACUGUCUUGGAUGUGAUAUGUCGCUGGAAGCAUUUAAACGGAUAUAAUGUAAUGUUAGUGCCUGGUUUGGAUCAUGCCGGUAUCGCCACUCAAGUUGUUGUCGAACAACAGCUAAAGAAAGAGCUUGGUGUAUCACGAUUUGACAUCGGAAAACGUGCAUUUGUUGAUAGAGUCUUAAAGUGGAAAAAUGAGAAAGGUGGCAGCAUUAAGGACGAUAUUUAUAAAAUGGGAACCAUUUUCAAUUGGGAAAAGGAAUAUUUUACAAUGGAUGAGCGACAAUCGUUUGCAGUUGCCGAAGCAUUUAUCCGUCUAUUCGAUGAGAAAUUGAUUUAUCGAAAAGAAUCUCUGGUCAAUUGGUCAUUUGCGUUGAAAUCAACCAUAUCCGACAUCGAAAUUGAGAAUAUUUCAAUCAAUGGACCAACAAAAAUUUCAGUGCCUGGUUAUAAUAAAGCGAUUUUAUUCGGUGAAAUUUACAAUAUUUCUUAUAAAUUGUCAUCGGAUGAAAAUGAAUACAUAACCGUGGCAACAACUCGGCCGGAAACAAUUUUAGGUGAUACCGCCGUUGCUGUCAAUCCGAAUGAUGAACGAUAUGCACAUUUACAAAAUAAAAAUACACAACUUUGGCAUCCCUUUCGGCACGAAUGGAUUCCGUUGAUAUUUGACGAUAGCGUGACCUCAUCACUUGGAACGGGUGCUGUUAAAAUAACUCCAUCGCAUAGUAAAGUUGAUUAUGAGAUAGCACAACGUCAUAAAUUGCCAUUAGUUUCAGUGUUCGAUCAAAAUGGAAUGAUUUUAAAUAGAUUCGAUGGUUUUUCUGGCUUACCACGUUUCAUUGCACGCGAAAAAAUUCUCGAAACUUUGGCCAACAUGGGCUUAUUCAAGUCAAAAGCUGAUCACAAAUUAGAUCUUCCAAUAUGCUCGCGAUCAAAAGAUGUAAUUGAAAUGCUCACAAAACCACAAUGGUUCUUGAAUUGCGCGAAAAUGUCAGAAGAAGCCAUUCAAGUCUUAAAAACUGGCCAACUAACAAUUGAACCAUCAAAAUUUGAAAAUGAAUGGAAACGAUGGUUUGAAAAUACAAGGGAUUGGUGUUUAAGUCGACAAAUUUGGUGGGGUCAUCAAAUACCAGCAUAUAAAUGUACGUAUGAAAAUAAAACAAUAUGGAUUGCUGCUCACAGUAAAGACGAAGCACUCAAUAAAUGUGCCAAAGAAUUUGGCGAAACGUUCGAUAACAUGAAAAUUACAAUCGAACAAGAUGAAGAUGUACUUGAUACGUGGUUUUCAUCAGGCAUUUUACCAUUUUCGCUACUUGGAUGGCCCAAUGAAAAGCAAUUAAACAACAGUAGUUAUCCAUUGGAUGUUUUGGUUUCGGGUCAUGACAUUUUAUUGCUUUGGAUUGCACGCAUGGUUAUGUUAUCGACACAUUUUCAAAAGGACGUACCGUUUAGAAAGGUCUUUUGUCAUGGCAUUAUUUGCGACGAAGAAGGACGGAAGAUGUCAAAAAGUCGAGGAAAUAUUGUAACACCAGACCAAAUCAUUAAUGGAGCUUCAAUUGAGGAUUUAAAAGAAGAUCUUAGAAAAAUGUACAAUAAUGGAACAUUGACACAAAACGAGCUGAAUAGAUCACUUCGCUUGAAAGAAGCAGCAUUUCCAAAAGGGAUUCCCUCCUGCGGUGUUGACGCUUUACGAUUGACUCUCUGUAAUUCGGAUGUUCGUGAACAUUUUAUCAAAUUUGAUCCGAAAAAUUGUGAAAAAAAUUAUCGAUUCCUCAAUAAAAUUUGGAACGUAACCAAAUUCACACUACUCAAUUGCACCACAUUUUCGAUGGAUUCCACUUUAAAUCCGAUUAUUGGUUUCGAUGAACUUUCACUGAUGGAUAAAUGGAUAUUGAGCCGAUUAAGUAAAACGAUUGUUGAAACAAGCACCGAACUGAACUCAUUAAAUGCUGGCUGCGCAUCGUUGUGGAAGACAUUUUUUUAUGAAAAUCUUUGUGAUGUAUAUGUUGAAGCGGCCAAAUACAAUUUUCACAACAACUUAGCAAUCGAAUCACAAGCUCAAUGUGAAGUAUUAAAAACAUGCUUGGCAAUUGGACUACGGUAUAUGGGCAUUUUUACACCAUUUAUAUCCAAUGAACUACUGGCCUACUUACCAAAUCAAAUGGAAUUUAAGCCAGAAAAAUGGAUAAACGAUGCGCUGGAGAAUGAAGUGAAUCAAGUGCUUGAAGUGUGCUCGGAAAUUCGGAAAAUGAAAAGCCCUCAAAAUAUUUUGAGGAGUCACGGCCCAAGAAGUUAUAUAUUCUCAACGGAUGCAGAGAUGCUGAAAAUAUUGAAACAAUUCCAAAGACCAAUAAAUUCGUUGACAUUUUCAGUGGAAACAAGUAUUCUGCCCAUGGAAAUGGAUGCAUUUGGCGAAAAAGAGAAAUUACUUCUCACCUCAAUUCUUAAUGAACGUUGUUCGAUCGCAAUCUCAACAGAUGUCAAGAUUCAACUAGUCGAUAUUCAAGAGCGUAACAAGAAAAAACUAGCUAAACUACAGGAGAAUUUAAAAUUUAUGAUUGACAAAAUAUCGCGAGACAAGUAUUGUAAAAAGGCCACGUCACGUACUAAGGAGAAAGAUUCACUUAAGAUUCGAGAUAUUGAGGAUCAAAUAAAAACGUUAACAGACUUGAUCGAACGACAGUAGCAGAAAAGCGAUAAAAAGAAUAUUGUCAAAAGUAAACUGUUUCUCAUUUGAAAAUAUGAGAGUUUGAAAAAAAAUCUACAAUAAAUAUUUCAGAGUGAUAAUUUUUAAACUCUCUUGUGUUAAAUUUAGUAACCUAGUCAAUAUUUUUAUAGGAAAUAAAGACACGAUUAUAUCGAGUUCCAAACGAUAA